AUGGCGUCGCCCGUGAAUGAACAGCAGCAGCAGCAGCAGCAGCAGAUAAGAGCCGGCACACAAGAGAGCAAACCGUCCCUCACCUGCGCGAAAGAACGACAAGCAUCGCCCAAGCGCAAGAGCUCGGAAGCAGCGACAGCAACGGAGAAUGGCGAGGGCAAGAAGAAGAGGCGCAAAGUGAAUCAUGCCUGUGUCUACUGUCGCCGCUCGCAUAUGACCUGCGAUCUGGAGCGACCGUGUGCGCGCUGCAAGAAGAGAGACAUUGGACAUUUGUGCCAUGACGAGCCGAGGGAGCCGCCCAAGCGCACCAAGAGCGAGAUGAGCACGGCAGACAUUGCGCCGGCGCCGAUGGACACACCGGAUGGACAGCAGAGUAUACCCGCGUCGAAUGGCGUGGCGCAGUAUGGGCAGGGGAAUGGCGAUAUGAACAUAGGGCUGGUCAAUGGCAGUGCGAAUCCACAUCUGGCACAACCGAAGCCUGUCUCGCCCGUACAACUACAACGACCCACACCACAGUCUGCUAAUAGCAAUGGCACCAACAAUUUCCUCCAGAACUUUGAUUGGAGCAGCAAUGCUGCAGGCAAUCAAUUCCAGGACAUGCACCACCUACACCCAAACUACAUGUUCAACACCUCCGAAGUCACCAACGAAUACAACCUCCUCAACGACUUCCUUUCCUCCUCCCUGCUCGACGACAACACAGGCCUCUACUCCAACGAUGAUGCCCAAGCCCUCUUCAACGAUCCACUCCUCUCCACCUCUUCCAUGAACGCCCUCACAGCCAAUAGCCUCCCACCUCCCACUUCCUCCUCCUCCUCAAACCGUCCGAACCCAAUACAACAACUCCAAGCCCAAAGCGCCGCAGGCAUCGAACUCUCCCGCCCAUCCUCUACUUUCCCUCCGACAGGAAUCGACUCCAAAGCCCGCGAUAAAUUUUACAUGACAGCCGCCGACCCCGCCGGCCUCGAUAGUGCCUCGAACCGCUUGCACGCCCUGCUAAAGUCAAAAUGGGAUGCAGGAAUGUUGAAACCUUUCAACUACGUCAAAGGCUACUCUCGCCUGUCGCAGUACAUCUCCAAGCACCUAACGCGCGAAAGCCAGCUCCGGAUCCUAAAACAACUAGACCGCUUUCGCCCAAAAUUCAGAGAAGCAAUGCAAGGCCUGACAGACGUCCAACUAGUCCUCGUCGAAAUGUGGUUCGAGCGCUCCCUCAUGGAAUACGACCGCGUCUUCGCCUCCAUGGCCGUCCCCGCCUGCUGCUGGCGCCGCACCGGCGAAGUCUUCCGCGGCAACACCGAAAUGGCCGACCUCCUCCGCGUCCCUCUCGAAAAGCUCCGAGAUGGACGUCUCGCCAUCCAUGAAAUUGUCGCUGAAGAUUCCCUAGUAUCUUACUGGGAGAAGUUUGGCGCGAUAGCGUUUGAUCAGAGUCAGAAGGCUAUUCUGACGAGUUGUGCGUUGAAGAGGCCGGUGGAGAGGGCUAAGAGUCCGGUCAAGGGGGACGCGGGGGAGAAGGAGAGGGGGGAGAAGAAGCAGGUGCCGAUGGAGACGGUCAGGUGUUGUUUUAGUUUUACGAUUAGGAGGGAUGGGCAUAAUAUACCGUCCCUGAUUGUGGGGAAUUUCUUGCCGAUUACGCCGCGACGUCAGAGUUCUUAG